CUUACAGUUCAUGAGACCCAAUCAAGCGAAACACAGGACACUACAACCAGUAACAGGACUGAACUCCAACACAAAACACAACCCUUUCCAUUCAUAGACAAUUGGUCCUGGAGCAACAAGGAGGGUUUUGUGUUUGUUUUCCAGCUCUCAGGAAUUUAGUUCUUCUGUUUUCAGAGUUUUUGGCCUCGGUGGAAAUGCUCCAUUCACAAAAAAACUGCAACACAUGAACAAGUCUGGACUGUGGAAAGCACAAAACAAGUCAAUUCUGUGCAACUAGGAGGGGAGGGAGCACUCUCUGUGGUGAUGCAGCAGCAUCUUCAGCAAUGAGCUCUUACUACACGGGUGCCAGCCCUCUGCAUUACCAUCCCGGCGUGCUCAUGAGCACCAACCCUUACUGGCAGUGGAGGCCAGUGAGGGCAACGGGCCACGACCACCACUUCAUGCCCCCCAUCUACAGCAGCCGGCCCCUCACUCUGGUAUCGAAUGACUGGGGAGCGACGGGGGGCCAAGUGGAGUACCACCACUUCUACGGGUUUAACCCUUUCAGCACCAUGAAUCCUUACUUGUACUACCAAAGGCCGUACAUGUACCCUCCUGUCUACCAGGGCUGCGGCAGCAGCAUGCCUGAGCCUCAGAGCAGCGGAGGCUGGCCUGAGGGCUUCACCCUCAAAGGGGAGCUGCGCUGGGGGAAGCUGGAGAGGAUCAUCGGGGCCCGGAAGGAGGUUCCUGAAUUCGUGAAGGAUGACCUUCGCAGGGUCUACGGUACCUAUCCUAAAACAGACGUAAGCAUCACCUACCAGGGAGGGGAGUACCUGGUGAGGGGAGACCCCCGGGUGGGAGAGCAGGAGUACAAGCUGGAGAGGAAGGUCAUCCGCCAGCCAAGCAGCCCCGAAGGGGACAGCGUGAGCGAGAUCGUGGAGAGGAAAAAGAACAAAAAGAAGUCGAAGCGUUGACACACAGACAGUGUACCCAGAGGCUGCUGCCCCAGCUGUGGGGGUACUGUAUCGGUGCUGCAGACAUGCCACUCAACCCUAGCUCACACACAGGGGCUCCUUUCAGCAGCUCUUCAACUGACACAGUGAGCAGCAGCUGAAAGGACUAGGGCCCAACACAGAUUUCAAAAUAGUUUUGACAGAUUUAAGAUUUUUACCUUACGAGACCAUAUUGAAAAUAAUUCCAAGCGUUACAUGAAGCUGCACACUAACAUAAACAUUUUAUUUAGUGGCACUGUUCAUUUUGGUGAAAAAAUAUUUUUUGUGCAUCUAAAUUAUAGUCUAAAACAAUUAAAAUACAAAAUGUGUUUAUAAUCUGUUCCAUGUGAUUGGUGGUUAAUUGUUAAACUUGUAGUCUGACUGUGCUGUUCAUGUAUGGAGCUGCAUGCUCACAAUCAGUAGUAAUUAUUAGUAAAUGGUAACUAGAGUGGAGGUGAUUUGCAUGUGUUGAACUGUAUCCCAGUGCAGUGCCUGUAGCAGUGGCCAUGCACCUCACUAAUUCCUAUGGCACUUCAUCGACAUGCAUUUAACGAAGAGGGUUGAGAGCAGGGUUAUCUGUGCAAACAGAACACAACCCACAGGAAAUUAUAUAACAAACCUCGAACCUUGAGCUGCGGAGACACACACGGAUUACCCUGCUUUCCAGACACAACACGUCAGGCGUUUGCUGCUGUGAUUAUUUAUAUUAAAGGGAAGUGUAUCCCUUUCCAGAUUGCUGAUUAAACAGGUGCAGGAAACACAACUAUGAAGGUAGAGAGCGUGUGCACACACACAGUCUGAGGCACACAGCGUUCGUGUAUUGCAGUGCAGUAGUUGGGGUGCGUGUGCACACACACAGUGUUUGUGUAUUGUAGUGCAGUAGUGGUAAAGUCAGGAUGCUGCGGUGAAUAAGAUGUUUGCUGGUGGGUCGAGACAUCAAGAAUCCUGCACUGUCACUACAGCCCUGCAGCUGCAACUUUUAUCUGUGACUUCACACCAUAUUCACAAAGCCUGUCCUCUGCAGUUUUGCACCAUUCUGCGAUGUUACCAGUAUGCUGUUUCAUUUGAAAGAUAAAAGCUCUGUAACCCACAUGCAAUAAAACAGGU